AUGCGCCGCACGGUUCACCGGCUGCUGCUGGUAGUGCAGGGGUCUGCUUUGAGCAGCAGCAGCCUCGCCGAUGCGCUGCUGCCAGCCGGCUCUUUGCCGGCUGCGGCGCUGCUACCCGCCCUAGGGCCCCUGGCCGCCUCCCAACAGCGACAGUUCGCCGCAGAACCGGCGCAGCACCCUGUGGCGGAGCAGCCGACAGCGGCGGCGCCGCCGCCGCCUGCCGACGCCGCCGCCAGCGCCAAGCACGCGGCCGCCGGCAAGCCGCCCUACCGCUUCCGCUCGCCCGCGCACCGCGACUUUGACGACCGCAUUCUGGAGUUUGCUGAGCGGGUGUUUCGCUGCGACCUGGACCAGCAGCAUGCAGAUGAGCAGGCUGCAGCGCAGCGGGCGCAGCGCGGCGGCGCCGCCGCUCCCGGCCAGCAGACAGAUGCUGCGGCAGCGGGCCCAGAUGCGCAAGCAGCACCCGUGGCAGACGCCCAGACGGAGGCUCACGCAGCGGCGGCAGCCCAGUUUGCGGGGCGGUCCAAGGCGCGGCAGCGCCGCAAGGCGCGGCUCGAGGAGGCCGUCGGCCGGCUGCAGGGGUACGAGGGCUGGCUGGCGGCGCACGGCGAGGGGGUGGCUGCUUUCCGGGCGGCCGCCGCGGGGCUGGGUCUCGACCCGGAGCCCUUCCUGUCUUACAUGCAUGCCGCCGGGGCCGCCCACCUGCUGAGCCCUGUCGCCGAUGGGCAGCCCCGGGGCGGAGGCGGCGGCGCGGGGCGGCAGCUGGAGGCAGAGGCCGGGCUGGCGGCGGCGCAGGCGCUGCUGGCCUCGCUGGGGGUGCCACCCGCCGCGCAGCCGCAGCUCCUGGCCGCAUGCCCGCAUCUCAUGGCGCGACGGCCCGGCCCCGGGGCGCUGGCGGCGCUGCAGCAGCUGGUGGGCGGGCGGGAGCAGCUGUGCGCGGCCGUGCUGCGCAGCCCGCGCCUGCUGGCCCUCAGCCCGUCGUUUGUGGAGCGGCGGCUGGCCCUGCUGGCGCUGCACCUGCACAGCGCGGAGGCGGCGGCGGCGGCGCUGGCAAUGCACCCGGCCCUGCUGUCAGUCAACGACCGAACCCUCAACGCCAACGCCAGGCACGCCGCCUGCCGCCGCUGCCCGCGCCUGUCGCCCGCGCCUGCGUUCCUGGGCUCGCUGCUGCCGCUGCGCCCCUACGCCACGCUGGUGCAGCGCUUCCCUCACCUGCUGGCGGCGCGGCUGGAGCGCACGCUGCGCGCGCUGCGCCAGCGCGCCCCCGCUGACCUGGCGGCCCUCGACCUCACGCUACUGGCCAGCCAGCAGCCCACGCUGCUGCUGGCGCCGGCGGGGCGCACGCUGGCCGCGUGGCGCGACCUGCGCGCCGUGUGCGCCGGCGUGGCGGAGUGGCGGCACGAGCUGGAUGAGCUGGCGCGGCCCAUGCUGACGAGGCAGGAGCUGGCGGUACGGGCCACGGCCAGCAGCACCAACACCGCUACCAGCAGCAACACCAGCAGCAGCAGCACCAGCAGCAGCACCAGCAGCACUACCACCAGCAGCACCAGUACCUGCAGCGGCCAGGCAGGCAGGCAGGAGGCUGGCCUGGGCGGUGAGCCUGCGCUUGAAGAGGGUGAGGCAGACGUGGACAGCUGGUUUGAGGAGGUGUACAGCUCGCGGCGGGGCGCCGGCCGGGGCGGCAGCAGCGGCGGCGCGCUGCCAGACGGCGGCACGCCUGGGGCAGGGCAGGGAGCCCAGCAGGCGCCCCCCAGCUGCAGGCCAGCCGUCAUCCAGCUGCUGCACUUGGGACUACUGUGCGGCGCAUGCGUGUGCAUCUGCCGCCUGGCCUACUUGGCCCAGGAGCGGCCCGAGGAGGCGGGCAGGCACGCGCUGCUCGACGUGGUCAUGGCCCCCAGGAGCGACUGGGAGCGCCGCCACCCCGACUUUCCAGCCUGGCUGGAGAGGCAGCGGCAGGCGGAUGCCGCGGCAGCGGCAGCUCGCCGGCAGGCGGCCGAGGCGCGACGGCAAGAGGCGGCGGGAGCGGCGGAGGCAGAGGCGGCUGCCGAGCAGGAAUCACAUGAGGAGCCGGCAUCGUCUGCCGACCAGCCUGCCGGCGACGAGGCGCCCUCUCCUGCCCAGGAGCUCCCCCUUGAUCUCCCCCGCAAGAUUGGCGGCUACGCGGGCCCCGAGCCCACACGCUACCAGGAUUGGGAGAUCAAGGGGCGCUGCUCCGACUUCUGA